AUGCCAUUCGAAAUCGAUACAAAUAAGCCUAAUGAUCUUGAAAGUAAUCAAAAUCGAAUAAACGAGAAUGAAUUGUAUGACCAAAAUAAUAGUAGACAAAGUAAAGUUAAUGAAAGAUCAUUUAUUUACAUAAAUCAAAAAUUUAGGUCUCCUGCAUUGAGUCAGCUCUAUAGUCCGAAUGAUUUUUUGGCGGAUACUAUAUCUGUUAUAGGCAAUGAGAGAACAAUUCAUCAUUAUUCUGAAGGUAAUCCUAUAAAACCUUUGUAUUCUAGAAAUAGCCAUUUAGCAACAAAAGUGAAGAACAGAGAACCUAGUCGUUCCUUAUACUUUACCGAUGAAAAUCAAGACAGUUUAAAAGUGGUACCUCCUGUCAUAGAUAAAAUAAAUACUUUUAGUGAUGUUUUCCAUACUUCGGCUAACAAUAUCGCAAAUUCAGAAACAACGCAGUACAUUGAAUUGCUUAAGCCUCCUAUACUACGCUCAUCAAAUUAUGUAAAUUCAAUGGAAAGAAUGUCCUGGCAGGGUAAUCAACCAAAAGUAGCAAAACACUAUGAUCAAAAUAAGAAACAGAAAAAUGGGCAUGCUAUCAUACCAUCUCCAAGUUAUUUUGAAAAGACUUCAGUAAAUUACGGAUAUCAUAAUUAUGGGUUUCCGAGUUCACACGGAGAAGGGAGUCAAAAAAAAACAAAAGAAAUUGAAGUAUUUAGGCGUUUGAACUACCAGAUUUCUGAUAAUAGUGAAGCAGCUAUUAAACUGGGAGAUAAAAACGUUGUUACUGACGUUAUUUUAAGGAAAUUAUUGGAUGAUAACGCUGAAGUGAGUAAAAUUUUACAAAAAUACGUAAAAGAUUCACGUACGAAUUCUGUCUCUAACAAAGGAUUAAAUUUAAAAGUUAACUGCAAUCACAGUGACUGUAUUACAGAAUCAAAAGUGCAAUAUGUAAAUCAACUUUCUGCUAAAAGUAAUUGUAGGUGUGACCAUCAUCGUUUAAAUGUAACAAUAAAAGGAUUAAAUGGGUUUGAGAUGGAUAUUACGACGAAAAAAGAUAUUAUGACAACAGACCCUUAUUCUUUAUCAAAAUCAUCAGAAAUUGUAGAUUAUGGCGAUUUUAUAAUGGAUGACAUGAAUAUCGAAAAGACAGUCAGAGAGUUAGUACAAUAAUUUCAAUUUCAUAAAUAUUUUUUAUAUUCAGUUAAAAGCAGAUAAUUGUUAAUACAUAAUAAAAAAAAUCG